AUGGCUGGUGGUGCUCCUGGUGGUAACUCCCGCGGCCGCGGUGGCAAGUUCAAGAAGUACACUCGUGGUGGCGGCAAGCACUUCUCCCGCGACUUGCGCCCCGUCGACUCGGAAGGCAACGAAAUCAGCAUGUGGGCCGCCGGCGCCAAAGAAAAGGGCAGCGCCAACGCGUCCUCGGACGAAGAGGAGGAAGAUGACGACGACGAAGAGGACGACGAGGACGACUCGGCCGCCGAGGACAAGGGCCCCGUGUCGCGCGAGGAGCGCAAGAAGCUGGCCAAGGCCCGCAAGGACGCCGCCAUCGCCAAGAAGAAGGCGCAGGCCGUCGAGGUCGGCGACAUGCCGCCCAGCGACUCGGACGAAGAGGAGUCGGACGACGACGACGACGACAUGCCCGCCAACCCGAACCACUCCAAGGCCGCGCGCAACCAGACCAAGGCCGCGACCGUCAAGAGCGGCGACGCCGGCGUCGACGACGUCACCGACGGCGUCAAGGGGCUCAGCGCCGGCGGCGCCGCGAACCGCAAGGAGCGCGAGAGCGCCGAGGCCCUCGUCGCCAAGGAGAAGUACAGGCGUCUGCACGAGGCCGGCAAGACGGACGAGGCCAAGGCUGACAUGGCGCGUCUGAGGCUCAUUCGCGAGCAGCGCGAGGCCGAGGGCGCGCGUCGGGCGGCCGAGAAGGAGGAGCGUGACGCGCAGGAGGCCGCUCGCAAGACCGAGAUUGACGCCAAGGAGGCCAAGAAGCGCGAAGCGGCCCUCGGCAAGAAGACCAGCAAGAAGGCCAAAUAA